AUGAAUGAUUGGAAGACUUCAAAGCCUAAUGAAAAAUUACAUCUCCCAUACAAAAAUAAGUUUCUCACUACAGAUUUCAGUCUGUUGGAUUCGGCAAAUGAUAUGAAACAACCGAAAGAUCUAAACUUAGAACCAGGCGCAGAAUCUCGUUUACAAUAUGGUCAUUUAUGGUUUCAACAAAGUACACGUUUCAAAUGUCCUAAGGCCGAUGUAGCAGUUCAUCUAUGGUCUGGUCUUGUAACAAAGACAAAAGAAAACGCAUCACUGCAUGCACUAAUGGUCUUCGGUUUAAAUCAAUCUCUAAGCACGAUAACUUAUGAAGCUAGUGAAGCAGGAUUAGAACAAGAUGUUAGAUUCCGUGACACUGGUUUAUGUAUUCAUGUCAGUGGUUUCAACGAGAAACUAUUUUCUUUCUAUUCAACUGUUCUGGAUCAUAUUAUGGAUCAAACGAAUGAUUUAUCUAAGGAAUUUUUUGAAUCAUAUCGUGAUGCUGCUCUUAAGUUAUACUAUAAUGAGGGACUUAAACCAAGUGCACUUAACACACAUCUUCAAAUUUAUCUUCUUCGUCGUGAAGUCUACCUGCUACCAGAUAUAUUGAAUGCGCUGAAAGAUCUGUCUGUAGCUGAUUUAGCAGCCUACAAACAGCAGUUCUUCUCAAAUCUUCAUAUAACUGUAUAUGCUUAUGGUAAUAUUAGAAAAGAGGAUGCUAUAAAUUUCUUUGAUUACACUGUCAAGAAAAUUAAUCCGCUGCCUAUUCCAAAACGAAAAUUGACGGAUCCUGCUAUUCUCGAUCCAGGAACCUAUCACUUACGUUUAAUGAAUUGUAAUCCAAGCGAUGUAAACAUGUGUCUAGCUCGAGUUCAUAUACUCGGAGAAUCGGAUAUUAAACGUCAAUGUUAUAAUAAAUUACUAGCAUUUAUCCUAUCUGAACCAGCCUUCGACUAUUUACGUACAAAAGAAUCCCUAGGAUACACUGUAUACCUUCGAUAUUGGCUAUCUAUGCCUGGUGGUAAUUGUCAUUCAGGUAUAAGUUUGGUUGCAUGUAGUCCUGCGAAUAAAUUUUCAGUUAACUUUGUUGCUGGCCGAUUAACUGCUUUCUGGCGUCGAAUUGCUCCAAGGAUUAUUGCUGCUAUGCCACCGGAAAAUUUUAAAACUUCGGUGGAAUCACUUAUAUCAAUCCAUCAACUAGAAGAUCCUAAUAUGGCUACAGAAUUCGAAAGGAAUUGGGAUGAAAUUAUGCAGACUACAGCGAAUUUUAAUUACAGAGAAGAAUGUGUUAAAAUUCUGUCAACAAUUACUCAAGAAAGUUUAUUAAGUUUCUUUUUAACAGAGUAUUUGGAUACGAAAAAGCAACGUUCAUUAUUUAUUCAGAUUGAUUCAACUGCUACACCUGAUAUGAAUGGUAUUAAUACUGGAUCAUCAAAUUCGUAUCUAUUAAAUUUCGAUGUUAUACAAACUGAUGAUAAGUCAAUUGCGGAGGAGUACCAGAGUUAUUCAAGUGUUGAUGUAACCAGUGCACUGACCACCUGUGGUUAUGACGAGAAGUUAGUUAAUCAAUUCUUCAAUAAUCAUAAAAACAAUAAUAAUAAUAAUAAUCCCUUGGAUAAAAAUCUACUCGACAAAGAUGAACCUAUCGUUUAUAUUAACAACUUGCUAAAAUUUCAUUCAAAUCUAAAAUAUCAAACUGGUCGAAAUGCAUAA